GAAGGAAGAGGCAGACUGAGAGAGACUGAGGGAGAGAGAAGGUGGGGGUGUGUAUGACAUCAUUGCUGCCUCCCCAGCUGUGUGGUUUCUCUCCGGUUCCUCUGAGCUGGGCUUGGGCUGAAGCAGGAGCUAGAAGCAGGUCCACGCGCGCACACUCAUUCACGUACAUUACGCACACACACACGCGCACACACACACACGCUCUCACACUCUCACACACACACUCUCUCACUGUCUCUCUGUUCGUCCGGAGGAUUGUAAACCCUUUGCUUCAGCUUUUGGAUGUGCUGCAGGGACGCGCGAGCCAACGAGUGCGCGCACGGGAUUAUUGUUUGCUUUCUUUGCGUUGCGAGAGUGAUGAAGAUGUGACGGGGUGUUGUUUCCUAAUGCGUGCAUGAAGAAGAGCAGAAAGAGGAGGAGGAGGAACGUGGACGCUUGAAAAGGUGCAGCCCACUGACGCUCAAAGAAGAAGACGAAGAAGAAGAAGGAGGACAAGAAAAGAAAGAAGAAGAAGUAGAUAAAGAAAAAAGCUGGAGAAUGAAGCUAAACAGCCUUUGAAAACAACACAGCGAGUGCCAAGUGUCCAGAGUGCAGACCCCCCACCCUAUCCCACCCCCCCCUCCUUCUCGCGGGGCUGUGGCUCUGCAGCCAGGUCAACGGUCAUCUGCAGAAUGAUGCCAGCCGGCCGCCUGCCCUACCUGGCCACGCUGCUGUCUCUGAGUGGCCUGCUGCUGUCUCCGCUGCUCAGUGGCUCUCUGGCCUUGUCUCCGCCCAAGUUCACAAAGGUUCCAGUAGACAUGAUUGGCGUCUCCGGGGGCGUGGUCUCCUUCGUGUGCCAGGCAACAGGGGACCCCAAGCCGAGAGUCUCUUGGAACAAGAAAGGCAAGCGAGUCAACUCCCAACGCAUCGAGACCAUAGAGUUUGACGAAGGUGCCGGAGCCGUCCUCCGCAUCCAGCCUCUGCGGGCCCCUCGGGAUGAGAACAUCUACGAGUGUGUGGCGGAGAACAGCGAGGGCGAGGUCAGCGUCCAGGCCAAGCUGACCAUCAUUAGAGAGGACCUUCUACCUCCCGGUUUCCCCAACAUCGAUAUGGGCCCUCAGCUGAAGGUGGUAGAACGCACCCGCACAGCCAACAUGCUCUGCGCAGCUAGUGGCAACCCCGACCCAGAGAUCACCUGGUUCAAAGACUUCCUGCCGAUUGAUCCCAGUGCAAGCAAUGGGCGGAUCAAACAGCUCAGAUCAGGUGCCCUGCAGAUAGAGAACACGGAGGAGACGGAUCAGGGGAAGUACGAGUGUGUGGCGUCUAACGUGGAAGGCGUCCGCUACUCUUCCCCUGCCAACCUGUAUGUGAGAGAGCUUCGAGAAGUCCGCCGAGUUCCCCCUCGUUUCUCCAUCUUGCCCGCCAGUCACGAGAUCAUGCCAGGCGGAAGUGUAAACAUCACCUGCGUGGCUGUGGGCUCCCCAAUGCCCUACGUCAAGUGGAUGCUCAAUUCGGAAGACCUAACACCCGAGGAUGACAUGCCGGUGGGGCGAAAUGUUCUGGAACUGAACAGUGUUCGUGAGUCCGCCAACUACACCUGCGUGGCCAUGAGCAGCUUGGGCAUCAUCGAGGCCGUGUCCCAAAUCAUCGUCAAAUCAUUGCCCAAGCCACCUGGUACUCCAAUAGUUACUGAAACCACAGCAACCAGCAUAACCAUCACCUGGGACAGUGGCAAUCCUGAGCCAGUUUCUCAUUAUAUUAUUCAAUACCGUGCCAAGACUUUGGACAGCAAGUUUGAAACCAUGGACUCCAUCACUACCACCCGUUACAGCAUUGGUGGUCUUUCCCCCAACACAGAGUAUGAAAUCAGAGUUGCUGCCUUCAAUACCAUUGGGCAGGGUCCGGCCAGUGAGCCAGUUGAAGCUAGAACAGGAGAGCAGGCUCCUGCUAGCCCUCCCAGGAACAUCCAGGCCAGAAUUAUCUCCCAGAGUACCAUGAUGGUACGAUGGGAGGAGCCGGAGGAGCCCAACGGCCAAAUCAAGGGCUACCGAGUCUUUUUUACUAUGGACCCCUCUCAGCCAGUGAGCAUGUGGCAGAUCCACAAUGUACAUGAUAGUGUCAUCACCACCAUUCAGAACCUGGUGGCCUCAGAGACAUACACUAUACGUGUGCUGGCCUUUACUUCAGUAGGAGAUGGACCAUUCUCAGAUCCUAUUCAUGUCAAAGUGCUGCAAGGAGUCCCCGGACAGCCGUCCAAGUUUCAGAUUGGUGAGGUGACCGAUACCACCAUCGAGCUGACCUGGGAGCCAUUUGAGAAAGAGGGAAUCACUCGCUAUGAGCUGCAUUAUAAAGAAGGCAGUCAAGGGAGCAUGGUAACGAAAACCUUUUCCCCAAGCUCCUCCUAUAUGGUGGAGGGUCUUCGAGCAAACACAGAAUACUUCUUCUCUCUGGCUGCUGUUUCUAAUAAAGGCAUUGGAGCCUUCACCAACGAAAUCUCCCAGAAGACAUCGCAAGCCAAGCCCUCCGCCCCCCCUCAAGAGAUUAAGUGCUCCAGCCCCAGCUCCACUUCCCUGUUGGUAAGUUGGCGCCCCCCGCCGGCGGAGAGCCAGAACGGGCCGCUGGCCGGGUACAUAGUGCGCUACACCAUGGCGGGGGGCGGAGCCGAGAGCAGAGCCGAUCCCGCCGAGGACAUCCAGGUGCCGCCCACCUCCAGCCAGAUUACGCUGCAGCGGCUGGAGAAGUGGACGAUGUACCAGGUCACCGUGGCUGCGGCAACCGCCGUGGGGCCUGGACCAGAGAGCCUGGCCCUCACCUGCCGCACCGACGAGGAUGUUCCCGGUGCGCCCCCUCGGCGGGUGGAAGUGGAGGUGAUCAACUCAACUGCGCUGAAGGUGAUGUGGCGCUCCCUGUUGCCAGGGCGACAGCACGGGCAGAUCCGUGGUUACCAGGUGCAUUAUGUGCGGGUGGAGAACGGAGAGGCCCGCGGGCUGCCGCUCAUUAAGGACGUGAUGCUCGCUGAUGCUCAGUGGGAAACGGACGACACGGCCGAAUAUGAGAUGGUCAUUGGGGGCCUGCAGCCAGACACUACCUACUCCAUCACAGUGGCAGCCUACACCACCAAGGGAGAUGGCGCUCGCAGCAAACCCAAGCUGGUGGUGACCAAGGGAGCAGUUCCAGGACCCCCGUCUCUGUGGGUCCAUCAGGAUUCAGAAAACUCAGCAGUGGCCCGCUGGCUGCCUCCGGAGGUCGUACCACCAGGCCUGGAUAUACUGGGCUACCGCCUUCAAUUCGGCCGCAAAGAUGUUCUUCCCCUGGCCACCCUAGAGUUCGGCCCAGAAGAGCAGGAAUACUCCAUACCCAGCAUGCACCGGGGGGCCACCUACAUCUUCAGACUCUCCGCCAAGUCGCGCUCCGGCUUCGGGGAGGAGGCAGUGCAGGAGCUGAGCCUACCGGAGCAGGUUCCUCAGGGCUACCCACAAAUCACCGACGGCUCGAAUGUCACCUGCUGCUCCGUCCAGUUCUCCUGGCUGCCUCCAGUCCUGGCUGAGCGCAACGGUGCAAUUAUAGAGUACACUUUGGCCUACCAGGAGGCCGGAGCCGCCGGAAUUCCACUGGAACUGCGUCUUCCCGCCACUGAGAACAACUACGUCCUCAACAGCCUCAAGCCCAACUCCAUUUACGAUGUGAAAAUACGUGCACACACCAGUGUAGGUCCAGGGCCCUUCAGCCCGUCCGUCCAGUAUCGGACAGUGGCCCUCACGACAGAUGUUCCUAAAAACUUCACGGUGAAGUUGGCCACCAGAACGACAGUACUGCUGACGUGGAAGUUCUCAGACAGUCGCUUCAGACAACCGUACUCCUGCAAGAUUGAGUACAACCGCCAGAAGGUGAACAUAGAUGCUAGGAUGACCAAAGAACUGAUUACCAACCUGAGACCCAACAGCACCUACGAGUUCCACAUCUCCUGCCCCCUGGACAGCAGUGAUGGAGGCUCCAGGCACCGGUUGGUGGCCCGGACCGCUCCGUCUAUCCCUGUCAACAAACCGGAGCUGGACACACAGAGAGAACCUGACAACACCAUCACCAUCAUCCUCCCCCCUCUGCAGAACCGGGAAAUGAUCAAAUCUGUGUAUGUGGUGGUGGUUCCACUGAAGAAAGGUCGUGGUCCCAUGAGAAACCCAGAAGAAAUGGAUCUGGAUGAGCUCUUCAAAGAUGUAAACAUAAAGCAGAGACACGUGCGCACCGCCCGACAGCUGCGGCAGAUAGACAUGAAGAAGCCCUACAUCGCCGCCAGCUUCAGGCCCACCUCUAUGCCCUCAACUUUUACACUGGGCAACCAAAUGGUCUACAACGGCUUUGAGAACAGAAUGCUGGAGCCGGGCCUGGAGUAUGUCUUCUUCAUCCUCGCUGAGCUCAACUCCACCGGCACCAAAAUGUUUGUGUCCAGCACCUUCACUGAGUCCAUCGUGGUCUCAGACGUGGACCCCCAGCCCAUGGAAACAGGAGGAGAUGGCCUCAUAUGGGUGGUGGGCCCAGUCCUGGCUGUGGUCUUCAUCAUCUGCAUUGUUAUCGCUAUACUGCUCUAUAAAAACAGCAAAAGGAAAGAGUCAGAGCCACGCACCAAAUGUCUGCUCAACAAUGCUGAUAUCACCCCACACCACCCCACUGAUCCUGUGGAGGUGAGGCGCAUCAACUUUCAGACUCCAGAUUCUGGUCUGAGCAGUCCUCUAAGCGAAGCCGCUUUUGACUAUGAAAGUAUGAUGAAUCACCCACCCAUCCCCAUUACAGAGCUGGCCGAACACACCGAGCUGCUCAAAGCCAAUGACAACCUGAAGCUCUCCCAGGAAUAUGAGUCCAUCGAUCCAGGACAGCAGUUCACUUGGGAGCAUUCCAACCUGGAGGUCAACAAACCCAAGAACCGCUACGCCAACGUCAUCGCCUACGACCACUCCCGGGUCAUCCUGGCGCCCAUCGAAGGCAUAACAGGCAGCGACUACAUCAACGCCAACUACAUCGACGGCUACAGGAAGCAGAACGCCUACAUCGCCACGCAGGGCCCUCUGCCUGAGACGUUCGGGGACUUCUGGAGGAUGGUGUGGGAGCAGAGAUCAGCCACUGUGGUCAUGAUGACACGAUUAGAAGAGAAGUCACGGAUAAAGUGUGAUCAGUACUGGCCGAGCCGGGGAACUGAGACCUAUGGAAUGACCCAGGUCACCUUGCUGGACACCAUUGAGCUGGCCACCUUCUGUGUGCGCACCUUCUCUUUACACAAGAACGGCUCCAGUGAAAAGCGAGAAGUGCGUCAGUUCCAGUUUACAGCAUGGCCAGACCACGGUGUGCCCGAGUAUCCCACGCCCUUCUUGGCCUUCCUGAGGAGGGUGAAGACCUGUAACCCACCAGAUGCCGGCCCCAUCAUUGCCCACUGCAGUGCUGGCGUGGGCCGGACCGGCUGCUUCAUCGUGAUCGACGCCAUGCUGGAGCGCAUUAAGCACGAGAAGACGGUGGACAUCUACGGUCACGUGACACUGAUGCGCGCCCAGAGGAACUACAUGGUGCAGACAGAGGAUCAGUACAGCUUCAUCCACGACGCUCUGCUGGAGGCCGUGGCCUGCGGGAACACGGAGGUGGCAGCCCGGAGCCUCUUCUCCUACAUCCAGAAACUGGCACAGGUGGAGCCGGGAGAGCACGUCACGGGCAUGGAGCUGGAGUUCAAGCGACUGGCCAACUCCAAGGCCCACACGUCUAGGUUCAUAAGUGCCAACCUGCCCUGUAACAAGUUCAAGAACCGCCUUGUUAAUAUCAUGCCGUACGAGACCACUCGGGUGUGCCUUCAGCCAAUCAGAGGGCUGGAGGGGUCAGACUACAUCAACUCCAGCUUCAUCGAUGGAUACAGACAACAGAAGGCCUAUAUAGCCACCCAGGGCCCGUUAGCCGAGACCACAGAGGAUUUCUGGCGCAUGCUGUGGGAGAAUAACUCCACCAUCGUGGUGAUGCUGACCAAGCUGAGGGAGAUGGGCAGAGAAAAGUGUCAUCAGUACUGGCCAGCAGAGCGUUCAGCCCGGUAUCAGUACUUUGUGGUGGACCCCAUGGCCGAGUACAACAUGCCCCAGUACAUCCUCCGCGAGUUUAAAGUUACAGACGCAAGGGAUGGACAAUCCCGGACUGUGCGGCAGUUCCAGUUCACUGAUUGGCCGGAGCAGGGUGUUCCCAAAUCUGGUGAGGGCUUCAUCGAUUUCAUCGGACAAGUGCAUAAAACCAAGGAGCAGUUUGGCCAGGAUGGACCUAUUUCUGUCCACUGCAGUGCUGGCGUGGGGCGGACCGGAGUCUUCAUCACGCUCAGCAUCGUGCUGGAGCGGAUGCGCUACGAGGGAGUGGUGGACAUCUUCCAGACGGUCAAAAUGCUGAGAACUCAGCGGCCAGCCAUGGUGCAAACAGAGGACGAGUACCAGUUUUGCUACCAGGCAGCUCUGGAAUACCUAGGAAGCUUUGAUCACUAUGCAACGUAAAAAGCCAUCUUCUUCCCUCUUCCCAGCACUCCCCUCUACAGCCUCCUGAGCCAUAGAAACUUGCUUGAAACAAUUGAAUCGAUAACAACUAUACAACACCACCAACGAGAAGAGAUCAAAGAUACGAAAUUCAGCCAAUCCUCUUUUUUUAAGUAAAAACAAAAGCACCAACUGUACCGGCGGUGGCUUCUUCAAUCACCAUCCAAAAAAGUGAAAUCCCAGUCGUCCUGACAUCCUGACAGGUGGACUGAACACGAUUUAUAAAGUUCCCAGUUGGAAACAAACUUCCUGUACAUCCUGAAUCACGAGAUGGUACCAAAUGCAUCGGCUCAGGCUGCGGGGUGGGAGAAAGAUACGAUCUGUGUGCCGGACCGCUAACUUUACCUCAAGUGUUCUGAUGUGGAGGAUAUUAUUAUUAAUCUGUAUGUGGACUUGUAUUUCCAAAACCAAUCCUGUAAAGAUACAACAAAAACAAGUGAACAAACAAAGAGAAUGUGGACGGAUGGACAGAAGGAAGGGAGCGCCUACCUGUCAACCAGUCUGUUCCAACCUACAAACAACAGAGUGGAUGCAUUGAGACCAUGUGUUGGGUGAUUGAGCUCAGAUCCUUCUGUGCUUACAAAGGGGGGUUUGCCAGAAAUUUCUCCACCCUUUUAGCAAAGAAGAACUAUUUGAAAGCUUAAUCUUGGAAAUGGCAGCAGCUAAUGAGAAGAUGCUCUUAACAACUAACCACCCGGUGCGAAACACAGAAGCUUCAAAAGCUUCGGGGACAUUGAUUGCGAAGUAGAUAGGAUUUUUAUCACUGCUUAAACUUAGUAUACUCUACACUCUACAGCCUUUUCCUCCAUUUCAGCAUCCAGUCAGAAAACUGUGGAAAAACAAGGUGACUGGUUGAAGGGAAGCAGUGGUCUGAGGAAACCUUGAGGGUUAUUUGCCACAAAAAAUGUGUAACUCUUAAUUUGAUCAAUCACCUACCACCCAGUGUGUUUCCCAGUACUCACAGUGCUGGCAGUCUUUCUUCGGUGCUCUUCGGUGAGGACAAAGCUAGCUACAGUGUUUGUUUUUUUUUCUUUGUUUUUGGGAAAAUACACCAAUGUAGCUUUUGGAAACAGUCUGGAAACAGCAGGGAAGUGGCAAGGGAAGGAGGCAUCUUUGACCAUCACAAACAUGAGGGGAGGCGAGGACCAAAGGUUUGAUUCUCCACCGAGCUCAGUGUGUUUUCUCUCUCCGGAUCCGAGCGUUCAUUACCUUUGACUACUGCGUGUGGUAUGAUUCUGCAGUUCUGAGAUGAUAAAUAAAAAAACAAACAUGGGGCACAGAGGAUCAUCUCUGUGUCUUUUUGCUGACUUUUUUGGUGACUGACAUCUCCAGUGACCAAUGUUCAUUGCCAUUGUUCUGAAUGACUGUCCUCAGACUGUGUUUUCUUUCUUCUUUUGUUUUUUGGCUUUCUAUACCAAACAUGCUGCUUUAGCUAGGUGAGGCUGUACAUGUACAUGUGGAGAGGAAGGCUGACGGAAAAUGAAUGGAGAACAGAGAAUGGAAUAUUUUAGCCCAUAUUUUUAUCUUUGCCCUCAUCAUCUCCUGUAAUGGAGUGGAUGAUUCUACAACCCACCUGCUCUUUCUCUUUAAAAGUAAAUGGGACAUCUGCUGGGAUUCCUUCUGAUGCUCCUCAGAUGUGUCUCAGAUGUUCCUGACCGCUCCUGGAGAAGAAUAAUAAGGUAGAGGUUAGUGGUUGAGGUUUAGUACUUCUGUGAUGGAGCAGAAUAAUCUACCCAUUAUUCUGAUGUUCUAGGAGAAGCCUAAUGAGGUUGAGUUUGAGGUUCAGUAGUUUUGUGAUAGAGUGGAUUAGUCUAACUGAGGUUACUUUUGCUGUUUCCUCAAAUUGAUCACUGCUCCUGGAGAAGCCUAAUGAGGUUGAGGUUCAAUACUCUCUGAUGGAGUGAACUAUUGGCGUGGCCCACAUAAAUAUUUUCUCCUAAACAAGAAUGGAACAUCUAGUGGGUUCUUCUGAUGCAUCUUAGAUGUUCCUCAGAAACCUACUGAAGUUGAGGUUUAUUAGGUCUGUGAUGGAGUGUGCUAUUCUGGUCUUUCUUCAGAUUAAUAAAAAUGGAAAUCUUUAAGUUUCCUUCUGAUAAUUCCCUAGAAGUUCCUCACUCCUUCUGGAGAAGCUUAAUGAGGUUGAGGUUCAAUAAUUCUCUGAUGGAAUAGAUUAUUCUACCCUCCUGUUCUUUCUGCAACAGAAUGAAUGGGACAUCUCUGAGGCUGCUUCUGAUUAUUCCUCAGAUGUUCCUCAGAAGGUUAUCAGGCUUUUGAAGUUCGAGGUUACGGUUCAAUACUUUGCAGGCCUUUCUUACUACCAUCUCGGCAGUCCUCACUUUUUUUUUGUUUGACCAACCAACUAACCAAUCAAUCAAUCAGGAUACACUGACCCGGACCACCACCGCCAACAAUGCUGAUAGUGGAAAAUUCACACAUCACACCUGUUUUCAUUAACGUGAGUGGGACUCAAAAUGCAGGUGUGUGAUGGGGGGGGGUAGGAGAAAGCUUCUUGUUCUUUCUUCAGACUUUGUAGAGGUCCGAAAGUGUGUGUAUGUGUGUAUAUGAGUGUGUGCGUGUGCGUGCUCUGGAGAAUGCUUGAACAGUGGGUGGGUUCUUCUUCUUGGAGCUUUCAGAAUAGUUGUGCAUACUAACUAAACUGCGCGAUGGAAGGAGCCGUGUGUAGUCUUUCUUAUUUCCAAAAAGCCUUAUUGUUGUAACAUUAUACAGAAAAAAAAACAAGAAAAAUGACGUUGUAUUAUUAUGAUUACUGUUAUUUUAUUUUACUUAUUUUACUUUUUAUUUAGUUUUAUAACAAGAGAUACUGUACUCCUUUUUCUUUUUUUUU